CUGGCGCCAAGGCAAGGAGGGUGGUCACAUUAGCCGCAAAAGUUGAUAAGAUCCUCCCCCUGGGGUCAGGUGUAUGAUGUCGCAAACCGAUUUCGAUUACCAUGAUCCCUUAUUCACGAAAUUAAGAUAAUUUAUUUGGAGAUGAAGAAAAACAAUUAUUUCCAAAACCCCAUAUUCAUUAGUAAGUAGGUGCAUACGUAAGCUUCCUGUUUACCAUUUGCAUACUUUAUUGUUUUUCUCAGGUGAGGCUAUGGUUAGAAUAAACAACCCAAAACCAAACUUGUGUUACAUUCCCUUACGAAUAACUUCCCUGAAGUAAUAUAUAAAUAUCAAUAUUAUGAAACCAGGGAAAACAGAAACACGCAAAUAACAUUUAUACUCGUUCCAUUUUACAGUAAUAUUCACACGCUCGUACGGUUUAGUAGUGCAGACAAAGAUAUCAGUAAAAACAAACAGUACGGUGAUAUUAUUGACAGCCUCAACUUUGUAAUCUCUUUUAAGCAAAUAAAUUCCUGGGUACAGUAGUGUAUGAAGAAGUGAAAUCUUAUCCAGUCUUGUACAAACUACGAACGAGAUGCAUUGAACUUUAUUAAAUUGCACACACAAGUGAAAGAAUCGAUCUCACCAAAGGUGUGAUGAAGCAUAAAAAUUGCGGAACCGGUCACACCUGGUGAUUAAGUGCAUCCAACAUCGGUUGAAAGUGUUUUCCUUUCAGAAAAAAGUUAUUUUUUAAUUUUUUUUAAUUUUCCAAAACUCUAGAUUUGAGUUGUAGAGGAAAAAAAUCACCCCGACAGACUGAAAAUCUUAAGAUCAAUUUUUUUGUGUCUUUCGAAAUUCCGGUUUAGAUUAUGUGGUAAAUAACUUCAUGCCUCGUGAAUGCGUACAACUAUGCAAAUACGCACAAAUAAUUAUGCAAAUAACUAUGCAAAUACUCAUAUGGUAAUACGCAUAAAUAAUUCCACUAUUUAUACACGUCCCAGGUGUCUCGCGUGGUUCGUUAUUUUUAUCUAAAGCACCCAUCGUUAAAAAUUCAACCCUUUUGUCAAACGUACAAAAUACACAAUUCAGUACAUAUUCACCUUUCACGCUCACUCAACAAACUUCCGUAGUAACUUAAAUAUUAGGGACAAAGUUGGUCACUUUUGUAGCCAAUCAAUAACUGGAGAAAAUGUUAAAUAGUGGAGGAAUAUAUUGAUAAUUUUCCCCACUAAAUUUUUAAAUUCAGGUAGAAUUUCUCUACAAAUAAAUUUAGAGAAGUCAAACACAUAAUUUUUAGCUUGAAGCCCACUAAGCGAAAUGGAUCUCUUACCACGGAGAAAAUUUGCAUGCUCCACGUGCCCUAAAAAGUUUAGAUGGAAGAAAGAUUUUGCCAGGCACGUGAUCACACACGACCCAGACGCCAAAGUGAAAUGCAAGAUAUGCGGAAAAAUUUCCAAGAACCCAAUCGCCUUGUCGCAUCACAUGAAAAAUCUUCACACUAACCGUAAACGACCCAUUUGCGAAAUUUGUCGCCGGGUUUUUCACAACUCGCCCACUUUACGACGACAUAUUAAAACCAUCCACAGCACGAGUGAACGACCACGUUUGCCAUGUGGAUUUCCGGGCUGUGAGAAAACCUUCCAAAAUAAACAACAUGUUUCGAGACACGUGAGUGCUGAACAUGCCGAGAACCCGGUCCGAUUUCGGUGCACACUUUGCGAGAAAGAAUUCAAAUUAGGAAUGCAACUUGAGCAACACAUUCCCACCCACACGACCGAGAAGCCGUACAAUUGUGCCACUUGUGGGAAGAGUUACGCCCUCAGGGGAAACAUGAUACGUCACGAGAAGACCCAUUUGCAAAAAUCUGCCCGAGAUAAGUUACAGUGUACCGUCUGUUUUGCUACCUUGUUAAGAGAUUCUCUACAAGGCCAUAUCCGCGUUGUGCAUGAAAAUCGGAGGAAUUAUCCGUGCACAUUUUGUGACAAGAGAUUCCCCAAGUCAUCAGAAUUGAAGCGUCACGUGGACCAGAAGCAUGCCGCGAAUAAAGAGAAGAUCCAUACCUGCGACAAAUGCGAGUACAAGAGCCACUCAAAAGUCAAUUUAGCUUGGCAUGUGAAACGUCACAAUCCUGUGAGUUGGCGCGAGUGUUACUUUUGCGGGAAACAGUUUGCCAGGUUCCAAGAAUUGGUUAAACACUGUAAUCGAGUUCAUACUCUCGAAGCGUAAAGGGCUCAAUGUGUUUUACAUAUGUGGUAUAGUUUUGUUCUUGGGUUAUCGUACUAAUUUUCAAUCAAAUAUAGUAUUGUGCAAGCGAUGUAGAAAUGUUUUAUUUAAUUAAAAAUUUUGCUGAGUUGUCA